AUGUGGACGCACCUGCAUUCUGGCAUUCAUGGUGACACUUUCGCGGGCUCGCAGCGGCUGGAGAUGCGCAAGAGGCAGCAGAUGCAGGUGCACCAGGAAGCCGCCGCCAGCGUCCUCCACGCCCGCCACAGGAUGGGCAACGCCCCCGGCAACGCCUCCAACGCCUGCUGCUUCUGCUGGUGCUGCUGCUGCAGCUGCUCAUGUUUAACCGUUAGAGGCGAGGACGAGACAAUCCAGAGGUCAGCGUGCGAUCGCAGGACAGACGCCGCCAACAACUGUGAAGAAACACCUAAACCCACAUUGGAAGACGCUCGGUCCUGGACGUCGUCAUUCGAGAAGGUGAUGAAAAGCGCGGCGGGGCGCGGUUGCUUCCGCCAAUUCCUGCGCACCGAGUUCAGUGAGGAGAACAUGAUGUUCUGGCUGGCUUGCGAGGAACUCAAGAAGGAGACCAACAAGACAGUGGUGGAGGAGAAAGUGCGGCAAAUAUACGAGGAUUUUAUCUCCAUCCUCUCCCCGAAGGAGGUUAGCCUGGAUUCCCGCGUGCGCGACGUGAUCAACCGCAACAUGCUGGAUCCCACCUCGCACACCUUCGACGACGCCCAGCAACAGAUCUACACUCUGAUGCAGAGAGACUCGUACCCUCGCUACAUCAACUCCGCCGCCUACACGGAUCUGCUCAAGAGCCUGGAAGAACCACCGCCGACGCAGAAGCCAUAG